UGUACAAUAGAAGUACAUGUUAUUUAACAUUUAACUUCAGUUUAAAUUUUUAACUGCGAUGAAAAUUAAAGUUUUUAAUUUAUUCGUUUAAUGCUAUCUACGGAGUGCAAACGGUAGUUAAAAUUUAUAUAAUUUUGUGUUAUGAUCGCCGUUAACUUACUUUGUAUAUAUAUCCAAUAAACGUACAUUUUAAUCAUGUCGGAGAGUGUAGAAGUUCAAAUUGAAGAUCAAGAAUUCCAAUUGGAACCUGACAAUGAACUUAGAUUUGAAGUCGAAAACAAAAAUGAAACAGUUGUAUUAGAAUUAAAAACUGGACUAGCAGAAAUUUUUGGAACAGAAUUAGUAAAAGGUAAAUCAUAUACAUUUUAUUUUGGAGCGAAAAUUGCGGUGUUCACAUGGCAAGGAUGUUCAUUAAAGUUACGAGGAAAAAAAGGAAUUAGUUAUAUAUCCAAAGAGACCCCAAUGAUGUUUUACUUAAAUUGUCAUGCGUCAUUAGAACAAUUACGAGUAAAAUCAGAAAAUGAAAAGAUAAGAGGUCCUGUUACAAUGGUUGUUGGGCCAACUGAUGUGGGUAAAUCUACUCUCUGUAGAAUACUACUAAACUAUAGUGCACGGAUGAAUUCUCUUGGACGUAGACCCAUCUAUGUAGACUUGGACCCAGGUCAGGGACAAAUAUCAGUUCCAGGAACAAUUGGAGCAGUCAUGGUUGAAAGGCCAGCUGAAGUAGAAGAAAGUUUUUCUCAAGCAGCUCCACUAGUUUAUCAUUAUGGACAUACAAACAUGAAUUUUAAUUCAACUUUGUACAACACUUUAAUUUCUCGAAUGGCAGAAGUUAUUCAUCAACGAAUGGAUGACAAUCCUAGAAUAAACAAUUCUGGAUUAAUAAUUAACACAUGUGGUUGGGUAAAAGGAAAAGGUUACCAGCAUUUGACCCAUAUUGCACUUGCUUUUGAAGUUGAUAUUAUUCUUGUACUCGAUCAAGAACGAUUGUACAAUGAACUAGUGAGAGAUAUGCCAGUAUUUGUCAAAGUUGUUCUUUUACCAAAAAGUGGUGGAGUAGUUGAAAGGAAUAACAAAUUCAGAAUGGAAGGUAGAGAGGCACGUGUUCGAGAAUACUUUUACGGUACUCCUAGGAAUGUACUUCAUCCACACACCUGUGAAGUAAGGUUUUCUGACAUAAAAGUUUAUAGAAUUGGAGCUCCGCCUAUUCCAAAUACAUUGAUGCCAUUAGACAUGCAAAAAACUGAUUUAGAGACAAAACUUGAACCUGUUACGCCUGGGCCAAAUAUGAUGCAUCACAUUUUAGCUCUAAGUUUCAGUACAACGGUAGAAGAGGAUGUUGUUAGGACUAGUGUGGCAGGUUUUGUUUGUGUAACAAAUGUUGAUACCUCACGACAAAUGUUAACUCUUUUGUCACCUCAACCAAAACCUUUGCCUGAAACAAUUUACCUCAUGUCAGAUGUACAGUUCAUGGACAAUAAUGCUUAAUGCUGUGUGUUUCAUAAGAGCCAGAAAAAUAUUUUAUGUAUUAAAUAUAGAUACAGUUAAUUAUUAUU